CACAGAAAGAUAUACCAGGUCUUAAUGAUGCGUGCAAUUAUCCAUAUGUGCAGUUUAUUCCUGAGCUCGGAUAGAAAAAAAGCUUGGUAGCUCGAGUGAUGCUGCAGGAAAUAGGAUCCGUUCUAGAUAGGAAAAGAUUUUCAUCAGAAUAUGGAUUCUGUUUCUUGCGUGUCAUUUCAGUUGCAAAUUGUAUCUUACAAAUGAUGGUGAUGAAUUCAGACAGAGGGAACCGUAGUGUUUGUGUGUGCACUGAACGUCCUGAUGCUCUGACGAAUCGCACGCGCUUUCAUCAGCAGUCUCCACUCGCCGCAUUGGCUCUCUCUCCAAUCAUGAUUUUCCCAUACAGCGAGCAGCACCGCUGAGAAGGAAAAACAACAUGUCUGUCUAGACCUGCAGGAUCCGUGCGCACACAGGUUCAGCUGCCCCCGCUAUGGCUGAUUUAAGAUGAUAUGGGCUACGCUGGACUUGGUGGUGGGCGCGCUGCUGAAGAUGAUGCUCGGUGGAUUUUAAGCGCGCGGCGCGCAUCUUUCCUGGAAAUAUGGCGACCAUGCGUGUGCUGACGGCGUGCGGGCUGCUGCUGGCCUUCUGCGCGCUGGCGCUGCUCGCUGUAGCCAUGAGCACGGACUACUGGUACGAGACGGACGCCCGCCGCCACCGCGAGCGCUGCAAGAAAUACGCGGGCAAGCGAACUGACCCAGGUUACAUCUACAUUUCCAGUCAGAACCUACCGCUCCGCAUGUUGCCCCAGCGGCCUGAGCGUGGGGGAGCGAUCCUGAGAGCGAGGCGCGAUCUGCUGCCGCCCUCCUCGGCCAUGGAGUCGCGCUGCAGUCGCAGGUAUAACUCGACGGCCACGGGCCUGUGGCGGAAAUGCCAUAGAGAAGGCUUCGACCAGGAGAACGAUGAGCUCAUCUUCAAAGGUUUGCUCCAGCGCUGUACACCAGUGAAAUAUUAUUAUUCCUCCGCGAAUAUUCCACGCAGUCUCCCAGUGAAUAUUACAAAGACAAUUCGGCAAGAUGAGUGGCACGCUCUCCAUUUGCAGAGGAUGACUGCAGGGUUUAUAGGCAUGGCUGUUUCCAUCAUCCUGUUUGGCUGGAUCAUUGGCGUACUAGGCUGCUGUAAACACAACGAGCUGAUGCAGUAUGUAGCAGGUCUGCUCUUCCUAAUGGGAGGAACCUGCUGUAUCAUCUCUCUCUGCACAUGUGUGGCUGGGAUUAACUUUGAGCUGUCUCGCUACCCACGCCAACUGUACAGGCUGCCUGAAGACAUCAGUCAUGGCUAUGGCUGGUCCAUGUUCAGUGCCUGGGGUGGCCUGGGCCUCACACUGCUAGCAGGAUUCCUCUGCACACUGGCUCCAUCUCUUCACAGCCCUCAAACCACAACUGUACACAAACCACGGCAGGAGAAUGGCAUGGUUUGAUGGACUUGACACACACACACACACACACACACACACACACACACACACACACACACACACACACACACACACACACACAAAUGAGUACAUAACCCAUAUAAAUACGUACCACAGGAUGCCAGACACAACCUAUCCAAUCAUGUGCAUGUAUGUCAUGGAAAGACAGACUGAAGGAUUUAAUUUCAUAGAAGGACAUGCAGACAUACACACACACACACACACACACACACACACACACACAAACACAGCUAAGCACGCUUGCCCUUGCACACACUUUUACAAUGAAUACAUUCUCUAUGAGUCACACCAGGCUCCUGUGCAACUCAAAUCAUAACAGCCUGGGAAAGUUUUUAAGGAUGAUGAGCAGUGAAAAUAAACAAAGGAAAAAUAUGGAAGAAACAAAAAAUGAACCUGCCAUGUGUUUGGCGAGAAAUUAAUAAAAAAAAAAAAGAAAAGAGCACAAACU